UUCCUGUCAGCUGCCUCUUCUUCUGCUUCUCUUUCUUUUCUCAUGCGAAGAGAACUUAAGGCGACAAGACCAUUUGCCUUUUCCCCGUUUUCCAAUUCAGGAUUAUGUUUUUCAUGCUGAUUCUUCUUUUCCUAAGGGAAAUUGCAGGCGCAACCUUCAUUAAUCUUUAUGAAAAUGAAAAUCACUGGCUGAGCUGCAGCAACACACCAGCCGAUCAGAAGGAAUCAAGAUGGUGGUUGGGGAAAGACUGCUCCUCCUUGGUUGAAUUUCAGUCAAUGCCUUGUGACCCAAGUUCUCAGUGCCCAGCAGGAAAGAACCCCACAAGCAGAUAUCUAAACUGUACACAAAGGAAUGUCUCUAUUGCUGCUUUCCCAGGUGGUGGAAUAUUUGCAUGCAAAGUCCUGUCAGGUAGCAAUGCGUCAGAUCCACACCCACUUAUUAAUGACGAGGACCACUGCAGGAAUUUCAACUUCUUCAUUGUAGCAAUAAUAAACAACACUGCAGAGAGUAACAUGCAAUCAGAAAAAUCAGUGGUGGCUGAAGGACAACAGAACUUCAGUCUUCCUUGUGAAUUUGAUUUGACUCAUGGCAAAGACAUAUUUACUUUGUAUUGGAUUAAGGAAACAUUUGAAAGGAGGUGCCUUGCUUCUGUUUCAAAUGAAGACCACUCUUUUUCUAAUGAUCUAAACUGCUGUGUUGGCACCAAGAUCAAAAAGAGACAGGUCAAUAAUUUGACUGGCCCACUUGACAGACAUCAAAGUCAUUACCUGACCAUUUUCAACACCACCACUUCAGAUGCUGGAGUGUAUUUCUGCCUGGUUGCUGUUUACACCAACAGACACGUGUGGAAGAUUGUAAAUAAUGUGUCUGUACAAGUGCGAAAAGACAACAGUGAAGGGUCUACUUUUACAGAAGAGCUACAGAUCUCACUGGGAGUGGUAGGAGGAAUUGUUCUGAUUAGUGGGAUAAUAUUGUUCCUUUGCUGGAAGAAAAAGUCAAAAGGAAAGGCAUAUGAAUCACAUCAAAGGGAUCAGACCACAACUGAAAUGGAAGAAGACUGCUCCCCAUACGCCGUUUCCAGCCGCAAUGACAUAGAUGGGAAUGAAGUUGUGUAUUCACUCGCCAUGAGUCCUGGUGUGAACCCAGAGAGUCUCUAUUCUUUGCCAGAGAGCAAACCCAAUCCUGGAAUGCAACCUGGAGAGAACGUGCAGGCAAUUUAUGCUGUGCCAAAGAAAGAGAGAUCUUGAGUAGUGUAGUGGAUCGAAUGUUAGCGACGGAUGUGGAAAUUCCGGCUUGAUGUCUACGUCCACACUAACUAUAAAGCCAGUGGCCAUGGACGAGUGUCCUUGAUCUCUCAGCUUCAGUCAGGGAUAGGCCACAAACAAUCUUGGCUUCCCCCAAAGAAUCCGGGUUGCUGAGAGAUGCUAGGAGAUCCUUGUUUUGGCUCACAGAGCUAUAGUUGCAGAAUUCCCCGUGAAGAGGGAUUGCUUGUUAAACCACUCUGGGAAAUGUAAUUCCAGAGGCGUAAUAGGGGGAUCUCAUAACAUAGGGUUGCCAUAAACUGGACACAAAAGGUUUUUGAGCUUUUGGGGGGAAAGUUGUUGAGCUUUUGGAAGAUUGCCCACAGAAAGUUGCCAACCCUAUCAUAACAACACUCAGUGCCCUUAAUCAACGACAGCUCCCAGAAUUCUUGGGGGUGAAGCCAAGACUGUUUAAAGUGGUAUCAUGGUGUUUUUAAUGAAUGGUGUGCAUGUCUCCCUCGAAGAACCUGUGGCCUUCCAGAUGUGGAUCUACCUCAAAUGCUCCACCCUUCUCUUACACCCGACAUGUGUUUUGCAUGAGUUUUGCUAAUUGCCUGCUUGGGGGCUGACUAGGAUUUCCCCCUGGAAGCCCCCAGUUGGCCUGGGGACUCACUCCUCUUUUUUUGCUGACUCCAUACUGCUGGGAGUCCUGUUUUUGGAUUGGUGUUCUGGACUGGUUUAGUUGGCUUUCAGUUUGGGCAGGAAAGACAAAUUAAGAUCUGGUGGGGCAAAUACCUGAGGCACGUUAAGGGCCUCUUUGCCACCCUAUGCUGCCUUGACCUUGGGUCUUUGGCCUUGGCAAGUGCACUUGGGGGAACUCCAACCCGGUGGUGCCACAGUGCACUUGUCAGGUUCACAUGCCCACGGGGACAGCCUCUCAGGGGUGGGCAGGGCCAGAGGCGGAUGUGGUUGAGGCAAUUGUUCUGACACUUCCCUUCAUAGAAUAGGCUACUUACCAGCCAUGCAAAGGCAAGCAACAGGCGUUGUUCCAAGAAGAGUGUCAAAGAGAGGUCUUUCCCAGUCUGCAUCUGUUUUGGAACUGUUUUAAAUAUGUUUUUUAUUAUUUUUAUUACUUUGCUACUUGGUGUUUUCUACCCUGGAUGCCUUUAGGA